GUUGUCACCUCUUAUAAGCGGAAGUUUUACCUUAUUUCUCUAUUUUUUUAUGUUACAUUACAUAAUAUUAAUAUGUACUAUUUUGUAUUAAUUAUAUUAUUAAUUAAUUAUUAAUUCUUCUUUUUCUAAUGACGCUAUAUAUAACCUAGCUUUUUAUAUAGUUUUUAUUUAUAACUAGUACGCGCAUGGCCUUACAAUUAGUUAUGAAAAAGAAAUAGUGUACGUAACAAGGCAUUUUUUCGGAAAUUAACUACCGUGUUAUUCGGAUGAUACCUAUAUAUAGAUAAAGAUAAAUAUAAAUAAUUUUACCUUGAAAGAAAGGUGCUAUGCUACCAUCUACUGCAACAGUAAUUAAAAUUACAAACAUUUUAACUCCAUAUAUUGUAAGAAUUUAUGAAGUGAAGGACUAUAAUGAAAAGUUAAAUUCUAUCAAUAAGAAAUUGUUAAAAGAAGAGAAAACGUUUCACAGUAUUGAAAAAGAUAUAGAACCAAAAAUAGGAGAUACAGUUAUAGUACAUAAUAGAUUAGAUAUUACAACUGAUUGUCCUGGAUGGUUAUGCAGAGGAUAUAUUAGUAGUAUUGAAAAUCUGAAAGACACAUAUAAUAUUUUUUUACCUGAUUAUGGAAUUUCUAUUGAAUCACAAAGAGAGGACUUUAUUAUAUGUUCAACUGGUGCAAUUUUGGAAGAAUAUUUAACCUUCACAGUUGGUUUAUAUAAUAUUUUACCUGUGGAUGUAAAACAUAACUUAUCUGUACAGAAUGAGACUCUAACAAUUUUAGAGGAAUGGAGUACAUCUGCAAUCGAAUACACAAAGGAAUUAAUAAAUGCAUCUGAUAUAAUCUAUUUUGAUCAUAUAGUAUCUGAUCAGUAUGGAAAAUAUUAUGGUGAAUUUUAUCUCAAUAUAAAAAACAAAGUAAUAUGUUUAAGUGAAGCUUUAGUUCUACAUCAAUAUGCUAUUUAUUUAAAUAAAAAAUUGUUGCAGUUUAUAGAAAGUUCUAUGAAUAGUGAAAAAUUAAAUAAAGAAAUAAUCAAUGAUGAAAUUUUAUUUUAUUUAAAUGUUUCACAAGUGUCGGAUGGAACUAGUGAAAGAAAAAAGCAAAAGGAAAGUUUUCUAAAAAGAGCGAAAUUUAAAAAAGACAAUUAUUUACACCAUGAACUUCAAAGAGAUGAAGAAAAAGUAUUAAUUUAUGGAAUGGAUAAAUAUGAAUGGUUAAGUUCUACAUUAGAUGUAAAAUUCCCUGUAGAAAUACACAAGGCUUGGAAAUCAUUGAUACAGUCAUGUAAACCAAGGAAAAUACAGUCAUAUAUAUGGCCUGCUAUAAAAAAAGGUUUAGACACGGUAGCAAUUGGGACAGCAAAAUGUGGUAAAACUAUUGGAUAUACAUUUGCUAUUUGUGGACUUUUGGCUACAAAUUCCAAUCUUCCUCAUGGAAUAAAUCCAUCUGCAUUGAUACUAUGUUCUUCCUCAUCUGAGGUACUAGAAGUUCAUUUUUUAUGCACAAAAUUCCUAGAAGACUAUAAAACGAUAAAAUCUGUUGCUGCAAUUAAUGGUAAAUCAGAAAGAUCAUUAGUGGCUGAAAUGUUUAAUGGAUGUCAGAUACUAAUCUCUACACCAAGAUUUUUAAUGCGCUUCAUGAAUAAAAACAAAAAAUUAAUGAAUUUUAAAAAUCUUCGAUAUUUAAUUUUGGAUGAUGGUGAUAUUAUCUUGGAUAAAUAUUUUGAUUCUAUAAGUCAAUUAUUUAGACGACACAAUAUUAUUUGUAACAGAGAAUUAAAAAGUAAGACGUUUCAAAUUAUAAUAACUGCAACAUACUGGACACUGCAUUUAAAAAAAAUUGCCUCUAUUCUAAUGGAAAAUCCAUGCAUAUAUAUAGCAUCUUUUAUGGAAGCUGCAAUUUUUAAAUCUAUACGUUUAAACUUUCAUGUGAUAAAUUCAAUGGAAAAACAUGAAAGGCUUUUAGAUCAUUUUACAACAGAUUCAUUAGGUAAUGAAUAUUCCACCUCUCGAACUAUAGUAAUUUGUACAAAUAAUAACGAAGCUAGAGAGUUAAAUAACUUCUUAGAAAAACAUAAAGAGACUCUUUUAGCUCAUGGAAAUAUGAACUAUGUUCACUUACAACGUAUUAAGCAAUAUUGGAAUGUUUGUAUAAGUGGUUCUUAUCCAAUUUUAAUAUGUACAGAUGAUAUAUUACCAGAUAUAGAUAUUACAAACGUAGCUUGGUUGAUACAUUAUUCAAUUCCUUUACAUUCAAAGACACAAUUUAAUUUUCGGUUCUCUACACUUUUAGAAAAUUUACAAAUGGAAAAUAGCACUGGAAAAGUAACUAUAAUAAUGGAUGAAAAUAAUGAUAGACAGUUUUUACAUAUAAUAAAAAUAAUGCAACGUACGAAUUAUGUCAUUCCUGAAAAGAUAUUAGAAAAUGUUAAGUUUAUAACAGCUACUUUAGAACAGAAAAAGGAAAAUUAUCCUAUUUGUGACAGUAUAAAAUCUUGGGGAUUUUGUAACAAACAAAUUUCUUGUGCAUUGAGACAUAAAAUAAUUUCAAAAGUUGAUGCUCCAAUUACGGACAUUCAAAUAAACGACAAGGUAAAAUUCAGAGUAGUGAGCAUACAUGAUGCUACACAUGUUUCUGCAAGGAUUAUAUCAUACAUCAAAUUUAAUACAUUAAAAGAAAUAGAAUUUUCUACUAUUGAAUAUCUGCGAAUUAACACAAGAAUUCAAGAGUUCUAUUCUUGUGUGGAAAACAGAAAGAAAUGUGAGACACUUGAUGUGGGAUGUAUAUGUGGCUUGGAAGAACCAGUAGAUACUUUUAAGAGGAUACAAAUUUUACAUAUUGAAAGAGAAAAUAAAACAGAAAUUCCAAAGUAUGUAAAUGUAAGAUGUAUUGACAAUGGGGUAAUUUUGAAGAAAGUAGAUGUAUAUAGAUUGUUACAUAUGCCAGAAGAACUUAUAGAAUAUUCUAUACAAGUAGUAGAAGUAUUUUUAGUUGGUAUAGCUCCACAUGAUGAAGAGUAUGUUUGGAAUAAUUGUGCAAUUGAUGCUGUGUACCAGUGGUUUAAAGAAAAUGUUGAUGAUAGGUCCUAUGUGAUUGGAACGGUAAAUUUACAUCUGGGAAAUACAAUAUGGGUAAAUACAUUGAAUGUUGGAACAAAAUUAAUUGGAUAUAAAGAUUUAAUUGGUUCAUGUUUAAGAACAGAAUUAUUAGAAAAAGAUCACGCUGUUGAAGAUGACAAACAUUUAAGUCGGAUGUAUCAACUUUGUAGAGAUGCUGGGUUUUUGAACAUAAAUGGAUAUGAUUUAAAUUUUUAAAUAAGAUUUCAGAAAUAUCUUCAAUUAAUAGACCUUUUGUACCAUUUCUCCUUUAAUAUAUUAAAUAUCGUGAUUGAAAAAGAAA